AGAGACAUUCACAUUUCCACUGAAGAAACUAACCAAAUCCCAAAUCUCUCUCUCUCUCUCUCUCAAAGUCUUCCCACUGUUUAAAAAAAAAUGAUGAGCGGCGGAGGUAACGGAGGAGGAGGAGGAGACGCCGAACGUUGGCUAAUCACUGCGCAGAAGCUUCUUUUAUCCGGCGACCUAAACGGCUCCAAAACCUACGCGAUCCGCGCAUGCGAGGCGGAUCACUCCCUCGUAGAUCCCGCCGAGCUUAUCCUCGCCGUCGCCGACACUCUCCUCGCCGGCGAAUCUCGUAUCCGAGCCGAUCUCCCCGACUGGUACGCCGUCCUCCGCCUCGUUCGCCUCACUCACAACCCCGAACUCGUCGCCACUCAGUACAGCAGGCUCGCCGUGCUUCUCAACCCUAGCCGGAAUCGGUUUCCAUACUCCGAUCAGGCCUUCAGGCUCAUCUCCGACGCGUGGUACGUCCUCUCCGAUCCUUCUAGGAAGGCAUUGUACGAUCGGGAAGUUCAUCUGAGUCAGUUUGGGCAGUUAGGUCAACUAGGGUUUCAGCUUCUGAAUCAGCCGCCACAGUCUCCUCAGCAUCAAGAGGAGUCUCCUCAGCAUCAAACGGUGUCGUAUCAGAGCCAGCAGUUGCCGUUUCAGCUUCACCAGCACUCGCAUUUCGCUCAGCCUCCUCAGCAGGUGAUGCAGUCUCAGCCGUUGCAGCAGUUUGGUCAGGAGCAGAGUGAGAUGAUAAGGAGUGGUGGUUCGAGUAGUAGUAGUGGUAGAGACUGGAGACUUCCCGUGGAGGAAGAACGGUCUAUCAACUUGAACACUGCGACGGAAAGGGUGCAGCCUAGUCGGCGUUUUCAUGAUCAAGAACGGUCUUCUAGUGGUAGGUCUUAUGAGGAGGCGUCGUCUCAAAUGGCGCCUCCUUCAACUGAUCUCACUUGGUCGUCUAAACCUACUCCAACGUCUGAGCCUAUAGCCUUGCAAUCCUCUGGACAGUUUCAGCCACCUAGGUCCAAUCAAGCUGCUCAACUCUCGCUGCUGUCUUUGGUUUCUGAUCAACCUUCUGUGUCUCAGCCAAACCGCUCGGCUCAGACACAUUCGGUGUCUAAACCGCAGCCUGUCUCUAAGCUGUUCCCAAUGUCUCAGCCAUCUUCUAACCCUCUUGCAGGGACGGGUCUUCGUGAGGCACCGAGGCCUUUUGCUGCGUCUAAGCCCUUCUCUGGGUCUCAGUCAUCACAAAAGUCUAAGCCUUUUGCUGCGUCUCAGCCACCAACGAACUCUAAGCCAUCUGCCGUGUCUCAACGAUCAUUGAACUCCAACCCAUUUCCGGUGUCUGAGCCGCCGCGGACUUCUAAUCCAUUUCCAGCUUCACAGCCAACACAAAACGCCAAGGCAUCGCCGCUAUCUCAGCCACAACAGACAUCAUCUAACCCAUUUCGGGUAUCUCAGCAACCACCUACCUCUAGGCCAAUCCCGGUAUCUCAACCUCAGCCACAGCCACAGCCACCACCGACAUCAUCCAAUCCAUUUAUGGUAUCUCAGCCAACCACAGCUUCUAAGCCAUUGCCGGUAUCUCAGCAGCCUUCAACGUCUAAGCCAAUGAUGGUGACUCAGCCGCCACAACAGGCAUUUCAAUCACAGCCACCUGAAGCCUCUGGUGGGCCCUCUACACUGCCUCCUAUCUUCAAUUCAACUCAAUCAUUCCAGCAACCUCCGGUCUCUACUACUCCACCUUCGGUUCCAGCUGUCUCCACUACUCCCUCUCCAGUUCCAGUGGCCUCUACUAAUCCAUCUCCUCCUCAGCCAACGGGGGUCCCUAACCAAUCCCAACAUACUGAACAGACUCCGAGUUCAGAUUCUAUCCCGAAGGUUCCAAGUUUCUGGACGACUUGUCCAUACUGCUUCGUGCUUUUCGAGUAUCCCAACAUGUACGAGGAAAGCGUGCUUAAAUGUCAAACUAAGAGCUGUAGGAGAGCUUUCCAGGCGGUGAAAGUUCCAUCUCCACCACCAGUUACUGAAGAAGAUACUUACUAUUGCUGUUGGGGUUUCUAUCCAAUAGGAUUCGCAGAGACGGUUAAGAUCCCCGACUUACCAAGAGGAUUCCCAGUCUACGAUAUACCAAGAACAGCACCUAAAAAAGCCUCUCGGAAGGUAUAUUAUAAUGAAGACGAAGAUGAUGAUGACUACAUAGAUUCUGAUCCUAGUGAGGAAGAAGAAGAUGAUGAUGAUGACGAUGACUGGCAUAUGAAUGGAACCAAAAGAAGAAAGAAUGUGAAGCAGAGUAAGCAGAAGGCAUCAACAAAACCGAGACUUGGAAAGCCUCGGAAAGUAAUUGUUGUUGAUUGAAUCAGAAAGGUUUCUGAAUGGAGAAGUAAGGCUCCUCACUCUCUCUCUCUCUCGCUGGCCAUGUUGUUGUUGUAGUAGUGUAGCGUAAUGUUAAUUGCUUCCGCAGCUUUUUGUAUCUUAAUGUUCUCUUUGGUCGCGGCUGUGAUUGGUCUUUUUGACUUAUUCUUCAUGGUUAAGUUUGGAAGCAACGGUGCAGUACUUUGUAAUGUUUUGGUUUUCUUUUUUUUGGAUUAAUGUAGUUUUUGGAUGUAGUA